CAGAAGGACGGCAAGGUUCAAGAGAACUUCCUUUAAGUUUACUUGUGUACUUCAAUCUGCUUUGUUUUAUAGCCAAACGGAGACGAGAGGAGCAGCUAUGAGUUUAACAGCGAGCAGAUUUGUUGUCUUCCUUCUCUCUCUGCCAGUGGUUCAGGGUCAGGAUGUCUGGGGAGUGACUUACUCUUCUACUGAGAUCUGUGCAGUGAAAGGAUCAACAGUGGAGAUAAGAUGCAGAUACACAUACCCAUAUAGAUGGAGAAGUGGUGUUAACACAGUAGAGAAAACAUUCUGGUUUACUAAACAGAAAGAUGGUGAACCUGUAGAUCUGAGAACAGACUCAGAGUAUGCAGGUCGUGUUGAGACUCUCUGUGGAAACAACAUCUGCACUCUGAGAAUCAGAAACCUGAGAGAGAGCGACUCAGCUCAGUACAGGUUCAAGUUCAAAACAAACCAAGAAGGCUUUGAGGGUUCACCAGGAGUCACUUUGUCUGUCACAGAUCCAGAUCUAGUGGUCGAGAACAUCGGAUCAAUAGUCCAACAGCAUUAUCCCACAAAGCUUCAGUGUGAGAGCAGAUGUGUUUUACCUCAUCAUCCUUCCUACAUCUGGUACAAGAACGGACAGUAUAUUUGGGCAGGAACGUCAUCUUCUCUUUCAGUUUAUUUGUAUUCAACUGACAGCUUUGCCUGUGCCCUUAAAGGACAUGAGGAUUUCCCCUCUCCUUCAGAGUGUUUUAGAGGUCAAACCUGCAAAAGAGUGACUUACAGUGAGAGAAGCAUCUGUGCCCCCAAAGGAUCAUCAGUGGACAUUUCCUGCACGUACAGCAGUUAUGGAGACCAUGUUAAAUUCUGGUUCAGACCUGAGCGUGGCCAUCAGGGGCAGAAUCCCUCUCAACCUGAGGACCUUAGUGAAGACUCCCGGUAUAAAGAUCGUGUUCAGCUCUUUUCACCACGGAGAGGACGCUCCACUCUGAGGAUCUCUGACCUGAGAGACUCAGAUUCAGCUCAGUAUCUCUUCACAUUCAAAACUCGAAUCUCUGAAUGGAGGAGGGAUUUACCUGGAACCACUCUGACAGUCACAGCUCUGCAGGUGCAGGUGAUCAAAGCAACGGUCCACCAGUCUUACACCUCUGCAGAGCUGAAGUGUCACAGCAGCUGCCGUACAGCUUGGGGUGUUUCCUACGUCUGGUUCAAGAACCGAGAGGAAAUCAUGAAAGAGCAAAGCUAUUUAUAUAAAGACCGGUUUUAUCCCGGGGACAUCAUCUCUUGUGCUCUGAAAGGACACAAGAAUUACAGCUCUCCUUUGCUAUAUGCUCUGAAGUUUCUUAAUGUGUCAGUAAGUUCUUUUAAUGAAAUCAUGGAGGGCAGCACGGUGUCUCUGACCUGUGGCAGAGAUGCUAACGAGGCAGCUAACUACACGUGGUACAAAAAGAGUGGAAAUGAGGACAGUCAACCUCUGAAAAAAAAGCCACAUCUUGUCAGCUCCAUCCACUCCUCUGACUCUGGAGAGUAUUACUGUACAGCUGAGAACGAGCUGGGGAAACGGACAUCUGAAAACACCCUUAUUAAUGUGAAAUAUGCUCCAAAGCUCCCCUCUGUGUCAGCGAGUCCCUCUGCUGAGAUAGAGGAGGGCAGUUCAGUGACUCUGACCUGUAGCAGUGAUGCUAACCCAGCAGCUAACUACACCUGGUACAAGGAGAACCAAACACUGCCUCUGGGAAGGGAAGGAAGUUAUCAUUUCCCCUCCAUCAGCUCUGAGGACAGAGGGAUCUACUACUGCAAGUCUGAGAAUCAAUAUGGAGUCAACAAGUCUUUAUCUCAAUACAUUAAUGUCCAGUAUGCUCCAAGGCUCCCCUCUGUGUCAGUGAGUCCCUCUGCUGAGAUAGAGGAGGGCAGUUCAGUGACUCUGACCUGUAGCAGUGAUGCUAACCCAGCAGCUAACUACACCUGGUACAAGGAGAAUGAAGACUCUCCAAAAGCUUCAGGACAGAUCUUCACCAUCACUGACUUCAGAGCUGAACACAGUGGGUGUUAUUCCUGUGAAGCCCAGAACAAGUUAGGACGUAGUAACUCCACCUUAUAUCUGAUUGUUGAACAGGUAGGUUUCAUUCUACAAUUAUGCGGUAAAGACCGUAAAACACCCUCUUUAUUAACUGUCAGUGUUUUCGUC